CAUCUGCAUCGCCGCAUCCACACAACGACCAUGAGUCUAUCGGCGCCCUCGAGGCGUCUAGCUUCAUUAUGUCUCUCCUGCAAUCCUCCUAUAUCAACCACCACAUUGGCCCAUCGAACUCGAAUACCCAUAGACGCCGCCCUCCGACGCACCCUCUCCUCAUCACAACCCCGUCGCGCCGAUUCUACCUCUUCCGAUAAACCAAAUCCUAUUCUCGAAGAAUGGAAACGCAAAAACCCCGGAGACGCAGCCGCAGGCAAAAGACCCUCCCUCCCCGCCGGCGGCCUCACGCCUCAAAGCGGUGACAUCGCAGCCAGCUCCAUCUUUGAAGACGAACGCCGGGCUCAGGAACAGAAAGACGCAGAAGAUGCCGAAGGUGCCGAAGGCGAGGAGGAACCCGGCGUGAUGAAAGUCGGCGGAAUUCGACGAAACUCGGAAAUCAUGGCCAGACUCCUCGAUCCCAAUCCCGCGGCGAGGGAGAAGUGGGAGAAGAAGAUGGUGGUUCGGAGUCUCCGCAAGGGAGGGAGGUUGAACAAAGCGUUGUUCCUGAAGCGGACGGAGAGGGAGCACUUGUCGAAAAGUCACAAUUUGAAGACAUCCGUGAAGAAAUUGGGGAUGGUGGCGAGACAGAUCGCGGGCAAGACUCUCGACGAUGCGAUUGUGCAGAUGCGAUUCAGCAAGAAGAAAGUCGCGAUCGAGGUGUUGGAGCAACUGGAAAAAGCCCGCGACGAAGCCGUCGUGAUGCGAGGAAUGGGU